AUGGGUCUAACCCUAUCGAAUGUCAGGAAUGCCCAGCCUCAGGCCAGCUGCCACGUAGAUGCGACAAAACUGGACACGGAGAGCACAAAAGUCUCUCAGGAAAUCGAGUAUUGGGAGAAGACUUACCAGCAGCGCUUCGCCCGAAGGGUCAUAAUACCCUCCUUCAGAGAUGACUCGGACAGAAACCCCUGGUUCACAUUUGACCCACUCUGGGGAUUGGUUAACAAGCCGGUCGUAUUGAAACUUUCGCCGGAGGAUGUGAAAAAUCGCAUUAAAUACGCAUAUCGUGUCGAAGAUUGCUCUCCGCGCUAUGUCGGGCCAACACCUGAGCCAUUGAGUGCGGAACUCAAAGCGAGGAUACGACAGGAACUGAUUCAUUCUUUUAACUCGACAAUGGAAGCUUAUAUCCGGCAACACGUCAGGAGCCGUUGGCUCGCGGUGUGGAAUCGCAAAACCGGCAUCGAUACCCCGGUCGUUGUCCCCUAUUUGAAUCAUGGCGAUGGCUUCCCCCCCAAGCUAUUCAGAAAGCAAUUUCUUGGCAUCGACAUACUGAGUAAAAUCACUGCCGUCUAUUUCGAGCCAGGUUUCAUGCGGUGUAUUGCCGGCCAUUGUUGGAACGACGACGAGGACGACAAGCCGGACUCGCAUUAUGGCAAUGGCUGUGCUUACAUAGCAAGAGCUAUGCUGGCAGCGUGGCGGGAGGUUCACCACUACAAUGGAGAGCUUGCGAAUAACCAACAGUACCGCUGGCUCGCAAACGCAGUCGCACUGGAAGGACGACCUGGACCACGUGGUGCUCUGGAGGAUGCCAUACGCACGCACAAGGUCAUUUGCGAAGAGCUGGAGACCAGGCAGAAUAAUCAGGUCUGCUCCGAAGAUCCUUACACGUGGGCCGAGCACGGUUUCGAGAUGGGGCCAAUAUACCGAGCCGUAAUUAUCGUUCUCGACAGGCAGCUGGAGUUGAAACGAGGCAAAGAUGAAGCCGAACUAUCUGAUAUCCUCUUCGAAAGAUGCAGCGCUCUGCUCGUCCGUACCGGGGAUGAAGGCCACCUGAGCGCUCCCGUUGACUUAUCGACACUGACCGCUGCCGGGCUGACCCUACCACUUAGUCGGAGCGAAGCAGGGCUGAGCGAUCCAGUGGGUAUGCAGCAGGUCGUUCGGGUACGGCUGCGCAAGGCGGUGCGCUUUAUCAUGGAUCUUGAGAGGCGCGAGAUCAACGCCUCACCGCGUCUCACAGCCCGGAAGAAUGUUCUCGACGCAGAUAUGCUGCGGGAGGCGGGAAGCUGGGCGGACGACGUGAUGGCUCAUGCUGAAAGUAAUGGCAGAAUUGAUCUCGAUGUUGAUACAUGGGAAGCCGUGCGUCUGGCACGGGCGCACCUUGAUGGAGAUCGAUGCGGGCUCGAGGGCAAGCCGUUCCAAGAUUGUCCCCCCAAUGUUCGAUAUUGGUGA